CGGAAUGCCGGGCUGGAGGAGGAAUCUCGCGCUCUGCCUGCAGCGGAUGCAGGAUGAAGAUGAUGGCCCUUAUUCAAAGGGAAGCAAAGACUCUGGUGGGCUCGAUAUGGCUCUGGUUUGCCGAAGACAAAGUAUCCCAGAAGAAUUCCGAGGUGUCACCAUCGUGGAGCUGCUAAAGAAAGAGGGAAGCACCUUGGGAUUAACAAUAUCUGGUGGGACUGAUAAAGAUGGAAAACCAAGAGUUUCUAAUCUGAGGCCUGGAGGGCUGGCUGCAAGAAGUGACCAACUAAACGUGGGUGAUUACAUCAAGUCCGUGAAUGGGAUUAACCUGACAAAAUUGCGCCAUGAUGAGAUCAUCAGCCUGCUGAAGAACGUUGGGGAGAGAGUGGUGCUGGAGGUGGAGUAUGAACUGCCGCCAUCUGCACCAGAAAGCAGUUCAGGAAUUAUUCCCAAAACAAUAGAUGUUUCCCUGUUCAAGGAAGGCAAUAGCUUUGGCUUUGUCCUUAGAGGAGGAGCACACGACCACUGGCCCAAAUCCAGACCGUUAGUCCUCACCUAUGUGCGACCAGGUGGCCCAGCAGACAGGGAGGGGUCCCUGAAAAUUGGAGACAGGCUGCUGAGUGUUGAUGGAAUUCCUUUGCACAAUGUGACGCAUUCUGAUGCCCUGAACAUCCUGCGGCAAUGCAACCAAGAAGCACUCUUUCAGAUUGAGUACGACGUCUCCAUAAUGGAUACCAUAGCCAAUGCUUCAGGUCCUUUAUUAGUGGAAAUAGCCAAGACUCCAGGGUCCACUCUGGGAAUCUCACUAACUACUGGCAUCCAUCGGAAUAAACAAGUAAUAGUCAUCGACAAGAUCAAGCCAGCCAGCGUGGUUGACAGAUGUGGGGCUUUGCAUAUUGGAGACCACAUCCUAGCUAUUGAUGGCACCAGUACUGAGCACUGCUCCUUGCUAGAGGCAACUCAGCUUCUAGCCAGCACUACAGAGAAUGUCAAGCUGGAGAUCCUUCCUGCUCAUCAGAGCAGGCUCCCUCUGAAGCCUUCAGAUACAGUUAAGGUGCAAAAGAGCGACCACCAUCACUGUUGGGACCCUUGCAUCAGCUACUGCCACACUCACCAUCCAGGCCACUGCAAGACCCCCUCCUGGAACCAAAUCUCCAGUCAGGAUUACAGCAAAUCUCUCAUUUCAGCCACUUUCUCCUCUCCGAUGAUGAACACACAGGGUUUCCCCUGUCAGAACUCAAAUACGCUACCUCGGAGUGCCCAUCCCAUGAGCCCCCGGGCAACCAUGAUGAGGAGAAGACAGAGAAGAAAGGAAUACAAAAGCUCACUGUCUUUAGCCUCCAGCACUGUGGGUCCUGGUGGUCAAAUUGUCCAUACCGAAACAACAGAAGUGAUCCUGAGGGGCGAUCCACUGAAUGGUUUUGGACUCCAACUGCAGGGCGGGAUCUUUGCUACCGAAACACUGUCUUCCCCACCUCUUAUCCGAUUUAUUGAACCUGACAGCCCGGCUGAGAGAUGUGGACUGCUGCAGGUCGGAGACCGAGUGCUUUCCAUCAACAGCAUCGCCACUGAAGAUGGAACCCUGGAGGAAGCCAACCAGUUGCUGCGCGAUGCAGCUCUCUCUAACAAAAUCGUACUGGAGGUAGAAUUUGACGUGGCAGAAUCUGUUAUACCAAGCAGUGGGACCUUCCACGUGAAGCUACCCAAGAAGAGAGGAGUGGAACUAGGAAUAACUAUAAGCUCUGCAAGCAGGAAGCCUGGUGAUCCCUUAAUCAUCUCUGACAUCAAGAAGGGAAGUGUGGCCCAUAGAACUGGCACCCUGGAGCCUGGGGAUAAGCUGUUAGCCAUUGAUAACAUCCGACUUGACAACUGUUCCAUGGAGGAUGCGGUCCAGAUUUUAAGGCAAUGUGAAGAUCUGGUGAAGCUGAAAAUUAGGAAGGAUGAAGAUAACUCUGAUGAGCAGGAAACAACAGGCGCCAUCAUCUACACUGUGGAGCUGAAGCGGUAUGGGGGCCCAUUGGGGAUCACCAUCUCAGGAACGGAAGAGCCUUUUGAUCCCAUUGUCAUUUCGGGAUUGACCAAGCGAGGACUGGCAGAAAGGACUGGAGCCAUCCAUGUGGGUGACCGCAUAUUAGCCAUCAACAAUGUGAGUCUUAAGGGCAAACCCCUAAGUGAAGCCAUCCACCUUCUCCAGAUGGCUGGGGAAACUGUUACUCUGAAGAUCAAGAAACAAAUGGAAAGGGGAACCUAUCCCAAAAAGUCAGGAAGUCUGAGUGAAGUGAGUGAUCCAGAAGAAGAACUGAUUGACUCUCAGAAAACGAGUAAACUCUCCGAGACCUAUUCCACCACACUGCCCAGCGUAGACAGUGCUAUGGAGUCUUGGGAUGGGUCAGGCAUUGAUGGGAUCUAUGGGAGCCAAGGUUCUUAUGUACCUCAGGCAGUUGGCAUCACCUUACACCCCAAUGAAUGGAGGCCCAGUAGGCCGAAGAGCAGUCCUCCCGCAGGGGAGCCGAGAAAAACUUUUCCCUAUCCAGAUGGGGGCUUCAGUGAAGAUGAAUGGGACAAACCCACUAGAUUUCCCAGCCACCAAAAUGGCCUGGAGACCACUCACGAGGACAAUUUUUGGCGUGUUUUUGGAGAAGCUUUGGAGGACUUGGAAACAUGUGGCCAGUCUGAGCUUUUGAGGGAGAUUGAGGCAUCCGUCAUGACAGGGAGUGUGCACAGCUUGGGCCUUGAAGGGAGCCCAUUAAUCAUGGAUUCGGUGGGACAGCCAGGGCUGAGUUCCCUGAGGAAAGGGAUUUCCCACCACCGGGCCAAAGGGCAGAGCGAUGACCACGCUUCGCCCCCCAAGAAAAGUGAGAGGAGCUUGGAUAUGAAGAUGAUCAAGGAAGAGAUGCAGGAAAUCAUGUCUCCGACCCCCCUUGAAUUACACAAGAUGACACUUCACAAGGACCCAGUGAGUCAAGACUUUGGAUUCAGUGUCUCCGAUGGCCUGCUAGAGAAGGGUGUCUAUGUCAACAUGAUUCGUCCAGAUGGUCCAGCUGAUCAAAGUGGCCUCAAACCCUUUGACCGUGUCCUUCAGGUAAAUCACAUCCGAACUCGAGAUUUUGACUGCUGCCUGACUGUGCCGCUGAUUACUGAGGCUGGAGACAAAUUGGAUCUGGUCAUCAGUCGAAACCCUCUGGCACUUGCUGCUCAGCGAGUGGAGAACAGACAGGGGUCUGACCAUCUCUCCUUGGGUUUUGAAAGCAAGAAUGGCACACAGAUGCUCUGAAGAUUAGAGCUAUGCGUGGAAGAGCUCUUCAGCCCCUUCUGUGGCAGAGACCCUGGUGUUGUCGAAUAUGAUUUUUCCUAUCUGCACUGGUGUUUGGGCUGCGUAACAUCUGAAGUCAUGGGACAUGUCUGCUGUGAGUGGCAGGCCAUGAGAUCUGUCUUGGGGUAGCCCAGGAUUGCCAUAAGCAGCUUAGAUAUGUAUGAAUGUAGACAAGAGCAUGGGUUUUGAGCUGCUGAGACGUGUCCAAGAUGAUGGCUUGUUUGGCAGGGUGUGCUCCAUCCGUCUCUCAGUCUGGCCUGCCUCUGUAUAGUUUAAGGGGUUUUCAGUGGUCAUUUGUGACUGUCCUCUCAGCUCCCAUUGCCCUUUCACACACAUGGUGCUAAUUAGUUUGGUUGUGGUAUGCCGUGGAAAAGAAGCUUUUUCUAGUAUGUGGGAAGAGUGCUCCCUACACUUUUUUGGACCUUUCAACCCUGCUGCUCCAUUCGGUUGCACUUCCUUUUUCCCAACUGACCAAUCUCUUAAUCAGAUUCAUCCAAUUCUGGGGUCGAGUCCCCAUUUAAACUGUACUCCUCAAGUUAGCAUGGCUCAUGAUUUUCAACCUUUCCCUCUUUGAAAUAUCCCAUUCUAAUGGAUUACCUUCUGUCUCCAAUUCAGAGACUUUCCCCCUGUCAGCCAAUGACCCAUUUUUCCCUUCUGACAACAUGGAAUGAUGAAAGGGAGUACAGAAGGAAUGACUUUUUCCUACCAAAUUGGUUUUAGGCUGUACUCUGAAUUCUUUCAUUUCUUCCCCUUUCUCAACCUUUCCCUGUCUCCUUUUUUUCUGUCUCUUUCUGAGUCUCUGUUUUUGCAUCCCUCUCUU